AAAAAGUAUCUAUGUGUUACUAAUUAAUUAAUCACUACUAUCACUCUCAGAAAUGUAUUCAAUAUUAUCUUCCUCAGAUGUAGAGUAAUCUUCAAAUUCUUCCUCCUUCUCAUCCUCUUCCUCAAAUUCUUUGUCAUCAUUCACAUCCUCAAAUUCGACAUUAAUGGCAGAUAUAGUCCCAUCAGUAUGCUAAAUUGGUUGAUACAAUAUCAAAUCGGUUUCAGUCAGUUAGAGAGGAUGGAUUGCAUACAGUCCAUCCUUUUACAUGAAGCAGAAGAUGAAAGCACUGGUACCAGUUCUUCUAGGCGGUCAGACUCAGGUAACGAUGAUGUUAGUUCAGAUCAAAUUGCCAAGAAUCAGGAGACAGCUUUAGUAACAGACAGUGCCCUAGACGCUGCCAAAGAUGAUGACAAAGACGUUGCCAAAGAAGCAGGGAACUAAUGCAUAUGUUUAGUUGAGCUAACACAUAUUUGGCUGGACUGAUCAGUCUGGAGACAUAAGCUGCUUGGUUUGUCGGGCUUCUGUAUAUGAAUGUUAAUGGGGCAUUGUUGUUAAGCAGGGUUACAGCUACUGAUUGCUUUCCCCACAUCGAAAGUUUGUCUUCAGCCUUACUUGAGAGCAGGUUCUAAGUAGUGAACU